AGCCCAACCUUUUAAAUAAAUGAAGAAAAAAGCUAAAAGUCAUACAAUUCAGUGAGCAGUAAGCAUGAAAUAAAUUUAUGAUCACCAACCAUUAGAUGAGAAAGCAAAGAUUGUAAUUGAAAGAGAUAGAUUAGAAUAGAUAGGAGCAGGAGUAGGAGUAGUAUAUUGGAUAUACAAAGGGCAGCCGUGGACAAACAGGUAAGUUACAGCUAAUCAGUUUUAAGUUAUGUGCCUAAUACGUGUGCGCUGUGUAGCCUCCUCCUUACCAUCACAUCACCAGCGUAAUGCUGUCAUGGGAAAAUGUUUGGCUUUGUAAAAGGUUCCGCGAAUUCCCCACGCCUUUCCCCAUUGACAAAUAUGGCAAAUCCUUCAACCAAUGUGCCCCCAAAAGAUCAGCCACCAUCCACCCCAACUGUCCAAAUCCCUGACCCUCCAGCCUCUCUUGUGCAGCCGCAAGACCAGUCUCCAAAACCUUCAUCAGCGAGCCCACCAGACAACCCAUUAGCGAGACUCGUUCAUUCUCCAGGCAGGACGACAUUGGGUCAACCGCAAGACCAAUCCCCAAAAUCUCCAAAACCUAGCACCGUACCAACGCCAAGGCCUGUUCAAUCUCCAGGCAGGUCUUCAUCAUCGGCGCUGCCUAGUUCCGGAAGGCAUCCGACUUAUCGGGGAAUACGAAGCAGGAGCGGAAAAUGGGUAUCUGAAAUACGCGAGCCGCGUAAAACGACGCGUAUAUGGCUUGGAACAUAUGCGACCCCUGAAAUGGCAGCUACCGCGUACGAUGUGGCUGCUAUUGCCCUAAAAGGUCCCGACACGGAUCUAAACUUUCCGGAUAUGAUUCUUUCGUAUCCAAAAGUGGCUUCCACAUCCGCAAGCGAUAUUCGGGCUGCAGCUGCUAGUGCUGCCGCUUCCAGGCUACCCAAGCCAGAUACAGGGUUAUCAAAAGACUCAAAACAGGAUCAGGGCGAGCCUGAAAAUAAGGGUACCACGUCAGGUAGUUGCAUGGAGUCUGGUUCCGGUCAGGAAUUUAUUGACGACGAAGCGCUUCUAAACUUUCCAAAUUUGUUGGUGAAUAUGGCAGAAGGAAUGCUUAUAAGCCCUCCCAGGAUAAACUCACCACCCUCAGAUGAUUCACCGGAGGAUUCAGAUGUAGAAAGCCUAUGGACUUACACUUAAAAGAGACUCAAAAUUUACUAUGAAAGUGAUGGUAUAAAGAAAUGCAUGUGAUUGAGAAGAAGAUGAUGAUCAAGGUAUUGUCUUUUUGCUCUUUUCGCUUCUUCUUUUUCCUACCCCUUCUGUUUUUGAUCUAUCUGAGGGGUUAGGUGCCCAUGGCUGGGUUUGUUUUGAAGCUGAUUAUAUUGGCUUGAAGUCAAUUUGCUGUGAGAGCGUGAAAAUCUAGCCAUAGAAAAGUUAGAUGCUUUAUCUGUUUCUUAUCUUGUGGGCUGAAUAUUUCAGAGCUGUAAUUCUUAAGCUUGCUUUGGUAAUUAAAACCAAGAGAGUCCUUGUUUUUCUUAUGUUUUUCCCUGGUAGUUUUCAGUAAUGAGUGUACUCCUCACCUCCCUGGUGGACUCAUAUGUUUUCUCGUACGAGAGCUUCUCAUCCUCAGAAUUAUAAGCGUUACACCUU